CUAAAUUGUGUGAAUAUGUGUGAUUCUGAAUUUUAUUAUGCUAUAGAUAAAUGCACCAUUAAAAUAUUUAAAAAGGAUAAGGCAUCUGAAUUUAUUAUUGAUUUUUCAAUAAUAAACCAAGAUUUCGAAAUAUUUGAUAUUACACCAUUAAAUUUUAAAAGAAAUUUGUUGUUAAUUUCAUUAACCAAUAAAAAUUUAAAAAAUAGUUGUAUUUGUGUAUUUAAUGCCAAUAGUAACUUAUUCCAAAAUCUGAUCAACAUAAAUGGAUUAAUUACUUGUAUAAAUGAAAUAGAAUAUGUGGAUACCAAAUUUUUUAAAUCAAAUAUAAUUUAUUUAAUCUAUUCUACUAUUACUCUCCAACAUGAAAUGCAAAUAUCAUUAAUUUAUAUAUCCUUAAAUUCAUUGAUAACAUAUAAUAAUUAUAAAGAAUUAAUAUCUAAGAUGGAGAAUCCAAAUAUUAUUGAAGAAUAUAUUCCUUCUUACAAUUUUAUUAAUGAUAAUAAGAAUUCAGAUAAACUUCCAAAAAUUUCUCUUGAUUUAGCAAUAGUCAAAGGCUUGAUUUAUGUUUCUUGUUUGGAGUAUUGUCCAUCAAUAGACUGCUUGUUAUGCGGGUUUUCCAACGGAAAUUUUGAGAUUUGGAACCUUGUGCCAUUACAUUUACUCUAUGAAAACACAUGGGAAGCAGUUGGUGACGUUCCACUCCAUUGCUUUGUCUCUCACGCCAGUUUUCAAGAACCCGAGAAUGAUCCAGUUGCUUUUUACUACGUUUGGGUAGCACGCCAAACUAUAUCAGCCCCCUAUGGCCCCUCGAAUCGUGAUUUGAAAGGCGGAAACCCAAAAUUUACCUUAUAUCAACUCAGGUUUAAGACAAAAUCAACUGACCCCUCGCCCAUAACCUACAAGGAGUUCGUAGAAUGUCGACCCUGUUUAACUAUAGAUAGCGGUAAUAUUAGCUCCCUUUUGUUCGCCGGUACGCGGGUUGACGGUAACACCGAAAACAUUAGAAUACUCGAUUUGGUGGCUCAUCCUGAUUACUGCUCUCCUAAAAAUAUUAAAAUCUCCUCUGACUUGAACGUUCCGAUACCCAAAAACAACAAUCACGAAUACGACAGCAAUCUAACAUUCAUCGUACUCGAACUUAUUUGCCCACGAUUGGUUAAAACUCCCUUUAAAUCCGCCAAGAGAAAGAUAACGGACGACGAAACAGGUUUGAUGAAUAGCAGUUUUAUAGCCGUAUUCGCGUUUGACAUGAAUGCCUGGUACGCGGCCAAGAUGCCUAGCGCCUUGACAAUCCGAAUAUCUCACUUGCCCCCCUUUUUAAUGAAGAAACAAUUAAAAAUUCAAGAUGAGCCAGGGUGUUAUGGAUUUUACGACGGCGGGACGACAUUGACCCCAUACCUGUGCGGCUUUUUGGGUAAAGCUGAUCUCGAAAAAAAACUCGUUUUGACAUUAAAAAAUUCAAAACGCCUAAAAACUGUCUCCACUGCUUCCCGUACGCUUCUUCCAUCUAACUCUUCUUUCCUGUUACCCACACAUCCAAAUCGCGUUCGCUUGAUCUUAAAUCAUUGGAAUUUUUCGAACAAGCUCUGCGAGGGUUUAUCUUUUAGCCUGUCAAUCACGCCCAACAGUAGUCUAUCAAUCAUGUUGAGGAGGGUAUCACCUUUUCAAAAUUUUUGGAAAUGUCUGUACGAAUGCUCAUCGUUGAUAGGCCCACUAAACCCCUUGACCAACCCUGCCCCAUUUUAUCGAUGGGCCGUGGCCCUUUUUGACCUUCCGUCAGAGGACGAUUGUUCACCACAUAGAAUCGAAAAAAGUAUUUUCGAUAUCGAAAAUUUAGCAAAGAACAUAGAAAAUGGCGAAAUCGAUCGGGAAAAAUGCCGACAGAUAUCAGUUCUUUUAGAUUUAUCCGAUAAGUUCGAUAUGGACGUGUGGGUACUAGGCAGUUUAAAGCACUCAUCAAACCUAUCAUGCUUAUCCUCGAUCCACUCUCACUUCAUAUCACGCAUCUCUCGUCUUCUCCACUUCUCUCUCGAGGGGUCCCGCACUUUUUUGCCUGCUGUUGCCCUUAUUGAUAAAAUAUUCAAUAGCCUAGACAUUUUUUCGUCUUCUCUUUCUCAUGCUCGGUGUGCCGAAUCGCGCAUAUCCAACGUUCUACAACGAAUAUGGGCGAUCGUUGGGUGGGCUGCCUUGAACGGAAUUUGUCCGAGAACCUCUGGUGUGGAGGCCUUCCUGGAUACUCUCAGGUCUCCUUUCAUUUUACCACCAUAUUCUUCUUCUUUGAACGCACCCUCAAUGACCACCCAAUCCAUCAAUCACUCUAAUCUUAUUUUAAGCCAAUAUUCGAUGAGUCGCUUCCUUACACGUCUUCUAUCCUCGCAUUUCGCAAAUGUCCAUAUGAGCGUACCGCGAAUCUUUGCCGCCCAUUUGACUUGGGAAUUAUGCUUUAUUUUUUCAGCCAACCGCAUACCUUCACGCCUCUUCAUUCCAUGCCUCAUUAACGCUGAUAUCGAUAGCAUUGUGAAAUUAGAUGUUUUCACACGAUUUCAAUCCCAACUUCCGAAUAAUUAUUUUAAUGUUUAUGGUUGCCUUUCCGGCUUGACGCUAUUGCUAUGGGUGGUGUUCCACGAAUAUCGAUCAGUUGAGCUAAAGAAAACUGUCAAUCAAAUUCUGGCUUCAAUGGAAACCCGAGCAGUUGAUCGAGCCAAAGCAAUUUACGAGUUUAAAGACCAUAACGCUAUAGAAAAUUUUUCAAAUUUUGUCGCCGCUCCAGCGGAUCCCGAUAAUCUAUUCGUUGAGACAAUCAUCUCCCUUUUCGGACGUGGUUCCCAAAAACGUCUUUACACUCGCAUGCUCAAACUUGAUUUGACUCACGAGGCAUUUAGACUCUUCCACCUGUGGCCACUACCUUUGAUUCCUUACAAGAACGCCGUCCUGUUUUGCACAUUGCUUUUGACAAAUAACCGGGUUCAAUCAGCCGUUAAUUUCUGUAUAGAAUGGUCCGCUAUUAACAGUUCACCAAGUCCUGCUGUUGCCGUUAUAACUGAAUCGUAUGACCCUACAGUGAAUAAACGCAAAUUACGCAUGAUUCGAGCCCUGUAUAACCAUUUGUUUAAGGGUCUUGCUUACCUCGGCAAAUUAUUCCCGGAUUUGAGAAAUCAGUUUUCUUAUACUGCAGAAACUAGGAUCGAUGAUCAGUUACAUGUAUUAGCGGAGCAGCUAAAGCUGUUUUCUGCCAGGUUGGGGGUCGAAAAUAUUUUUAAUCAAUAUCACGAAUUCGGUUCCAAAAAUGAAUGUUUUGUCGCUCUCGGUGAUCAUCUCCAUAGUCCCGAUGUCAGCCAAAGUGACCUCAACCACAAGAAUGGUAAUAUCACCGAAUACGAUAACGAUAACCAAAUCCCUAAUGUCUUGUUAACCGGCCAGAAAAAUGCCGCUUCAAUAUCUAUUCUGCGGGAUAUUCUGUCUCGGUUAGGAGCCUCUGUUAAACGCCCACUGCGACGUUUGACUCUAAAUUGUGGGUCCACUCAAGAUUGGCGAUUGUCCCUUAAUUAUUCGGGCUUGGACUUGACUCCUAACAACGGCAACAAAGAACCUUCUAACCGCGAAAAACUAAAAUGUCGCGGUAUAUUCUGGAAUUCGGACGAUAUCGAUAAAUCAUACUCACCUAAAACCUCCGAAACGCCAUUUUCCUAUUUUAGCCCAGAAAAUACCUCGUCAGUUUUCUUUCAAGAUUCCCGCCAAAAAUCAAACGCCAAACACCCAAACGAAAAGUUGCCGCGAUCCAUAGCCUCCCACCCUAAUUCGAGUUUGGUUAAGAUUAGUUCUGAUCUCAUUAAAACUGACCCCAUACCUGGUGAAAAUUUCGCACAAUUUUGGGAUCGAAUUAUAACCCACAACCAGCUGAUCCCCUCCGCCAUAACUCCCGAUCAGCUUAACCCUCGAAUGAACCUUCCACUAAAUUUUACGAAUCCUUUAUCAAGAAUGAAACUGAAUAGUAUGAAAAAUGUCGCGGGCUUUCAAUCACCUAAAUCCAUAUUAAAAGUCAAUUCAUGUUCCACACCCAAUAUCAUCGAUGCUCCAUUUGAUUCCGUAGAAAUCUCUGCUAACGAAAGAAAGGCGGCCAAAGUUAUUAGGUUCGAUUUCACGUCUCUUGAUAAUCCGCCUCAAGAUCAUGGAGUCCCUGAAGAAAUGCAUUAUAAUAACGAUAUAAUAGAAAAAGACGUUAAAGGUGGGGGAGAUUAUAACGUUAGUACACGCCCGCCACUCAACGCCAAUCCUCCAUGCCUGUCGUAUAGAGAAACAGAAGUAACGUCAUCGAAAACACCAAAUUUACCUCUUCUUAAAACUAACUUCCACGAUUUUUUUUCGGGGGGAGAAGAUCCCGCAUGUUUAAUUAGCGGCGAUAAGACUAAAGUUACCACCCGUUUUGUUGCUGAAGAAAAAAACAUCAUGUUCGCCCCCGAGGCAACGAAUUAUUAUAGCAUGGUGACCCCUAGAAAACGGCUAUCGGACAUUCGAGAUGAAAAUAAAUCGAAUUUGAACUAAGACAUUAAUACCGCCUGAAGAAUAUCCUUUUCGCACAAUUUUAUUGUUUGUUAUAAUAAAAUAACAUCUUUUGAUAAAUCAAUUUUUAUUUGUUAAAAAAAUUUUUGUUCCCAUUGUUAAUUUAGUUUUUUUUAUUAUAAUAGUUUUCUAAGAAUAAGAAUAUAAAAUAUUUUUUGCCUGCUA